AGGGAACUAGUUCGGCGUAGGACUUGGGGCCCUCGCCGCCCAGCUGGUUCCGGCCAGGCAAGAUGGCGCUAGCCGCGGUGGCGGCCCGGGACUCGCUAGUGCACUGGUGCACCCAGCAGCUGCGGAUGACGUUCGGCCUGGAUGUCAGCGAAGAGAUCAUGCAGUACGUUUUGUCCAUUGAGAGUGCAGAUGAGAUCCGAGAAUAUAUGACCGACCUCCUCCAGGGAAAUGAGGGCAAGAAAGGCCAGUUCAUUGAAGAUCUUAUAACCAAAUGGCAGGUGAAUGAUCAGGAGAUCAUUUCUGAUCCUUUGCAGCAGUGCUUCAAAAAGGAUGAAAUUUUAGAUGGGCAGAGAUCGGGAGACCAGCUAAAGCGGGGUAGGCGGAAAGGAAGAAACAGACAGGAAGUUCCUGCUGUAGUUGAACUUGACACAACCGUAGGCGUCAAAACACCUUUUGAUUUGGCCAAGGCACAAGAGAACAGCAACUCUGUAAAGAAGAAGACAAAGUUUGUCAACUUAUACACAAGAGAAGGACAGGACAAGCUUGCGGUCCUGCUUCCUGGUCGCCACCCCUGUGAUUGCCUGGGCCAGAAGCACAAGCUCAUCAAUAACUGUCUGAUCUGUGGGCGGAUUGUCUGUGAGCAAGAGGGUUCUGGGCCCUGCUUAUUCUGUGGCUCUCUGGUAUGUACUCAUGAGGAGCGAGAUAUUUUACAGCGUGACUCAAACAAGAGCCAGAAGCUGCUAAAGAAGCUCAUGUCAGGGAUUGAACUCAGGACCCUGUGCUUGCCAGGGGCAGACAAUUCUGGAAAGGUGGACAUCUCCACUAAGAACCUUCUUCCUCAUCAAGAAUCCCGAUUUAAGUCUGGACUGGAGAAGGCUAUCAAGCAUAAAGACAAACUGUUAGAGUUUGACAGAACUAGCAUUCGAAGGACUCAAGUCAUUGAUGAUGAAUCAGAUUACUUCGCCAGUGACUCUAACCAGUGGUUGUCUAAGAUUGAGCGGGAAACCCUGCAAAAGCGAGAAGAAGAGCUGAGAGAACUUCGACAUGCCUCUCGACUUUCUAAGAAGGUCACCAUUGACUUUGCUGGCAGGAAGAUCCUGGAAGAAGAAAAUCCACUAGCAGAAUAUCACAGCAGACUAGAUGAGACCAUACAGGCCAUUGCUAGUGGAACCUUGAGCCGGCCACUGAGAUCAGAUAGAUAUUCUGAAGAACCUUUGGGAGUUCUGGUCAACCCCAAUCUGUACCAGUCUCCACCCCAGUGGGUUGAUCACAUGGGUGCCACCUCGCAGAAGAAGACUCUCCAUGCAGGAGGAUCCGGACCAGGGUCCACCUUGUCUCAGCACCAACUGAGGAUCCAGGAUGAAGAAUUCCAGGAAGGCUUUGACGGUGGCUGGUGCCUCUCUAUGCAUCAGCCCUGGGCUUCUCUGCUUGUCAGAGGGAUCAAAAGGGUGGAGGGCAGAUCCUGGUACACCCCCCACAGAGGACGACUUUGGAUAGCAGCCACAGGCAAAAAACCCUCCCCUCAAGAGGUCUCCGAACUCCAGGCUACCUACCGGCUUCUGCGUGGGAAAGAUGUGGAAUUUCCCAGUGACUACCCUUCAGGUUGCCUUCUGGGCUGUGUGGAUCUACUUGAUUGCUUGUCCCAGAAACAAUUUAAGGAGCAGUUUCCAGACAUCAGUCAAGAAUCUGAUUCUCCAUUUGUUUUUAUCUGCAAAAAUCCCCAGGAAAUGAUUGUGAAGUUUCCUAUUAAAGGAAAUAAAAAAAUCUGGAAACUGGAUUCCAAGAUCCAUCAAGGAGCAAAGAAGGGGCUCAUGAAGCAGAAUAAAGCUGUCUAAUCCAAGAGAAAAGAAACCAUGCAACAUAAUGGAGUUUUGUGCACUAAAAUUGCUAUCUGCUGUCUUUUGGAAUUGAAAUAGUAGAAAUCUAAAGACCUGGCAGCAGGCUUGAAUCUCAGAAUUUAAACUCUUACCAAAACUUGUAUAUUUUUCUUAAAGAGUGGGAUUCCUUGUGUAGUGGGUCAAAAUCUUUGAAUAUAUUAUUUAUAAAAUUCAUUUUAAAAGUUCUA